AUGGUGGAGCGGCGGCAGUGUGCGACUGGAGACGGUGGUAACUGGACGCACGAGCAGCGGUGUACAGUACAAGUUGCUCGCUCAGUUCAGGUGCAUCACCUUAGUCAAGUGGUUAUUCAACAACGCUAAGUGAUAUCAUAAAAAGAAAAACUUAUAUACGAUAAAACAAUACCUCAUUUUGACAAACUUGUCUCAAACUGAAAAAAUGAUUUCUUUAAGACAUGGCGGGUAUUAUAAUUAUUAAAUAUGAAUUUUAAUGUUGAUAAUAAAAAUAUAUUAUGAAAAACUUCCCUCAGCAGUGGAACUUCUGGUGAAUGAAAUAUUCUCGUAUACCAUUAGUAUCACCUUUGUUAAGGCUAAUCUUUGUUUAUAGUGUAAGAACUGGUGAUACCAUAUAUAAGAAACCCUCAUCAGCACAAGGUGGACGUACUGACAUUAUUCUUUGUGGAGUGAUCUUAAGCAACGCCUCUGUCUACAGCAGCGAGAGAUGACACACAUGAAGCUAAGAAGAGGCGUGUAUUGAUAUCUUAAAAGAUGGAAGAUUAUGGAAAUGCUUAUAACUGUUUUUUCCUGUGAUGGAUGAUAAGACGAGAUACAUGAGCGCCUUCUAUAUUGAGCUAAAAGCCUGAAAAAGACACGAAACAGGAAACGUACAGAGACCAUGUGACCGAGCAAGAACUGCCACUCAAGCCAAGCAGUGUGGCGUCCUAAGGGAGCGUCGCUCCACCAACUGUGACAACACACAUCCUCCCUUUACUUGCCCUCCCCCUCAUCCUUUCUUCCUUCGCGUAUCUAUUUGUCCUUGAAUUAUUCUACGUAUUCCAUCAUUUGUUUAUUUAUUCCUGUCUCAUCUACUUACUACUAUCAUCACCCCUUCACCUUUCACUGAUCUUAUCAAUUCCAUUUACUUUCCCUUUAGUAAAACUACUUACCCACUCGUCCAUCUUCACUUACAUUUACCCUUCGUGCUUUCAUUUACUUGUCACUACCGCUGUGCACUGGUCCUGCUACUCGCCUACCCGCAUCCAACAAACCCUGGCUUCACCAUGUGCCUUAAACAACUCUUACAUUGACUCGCACCUUGAUCACUUCUUACCAUCAACUGCCAGGACUCUCCCUUCCACUCCUCAGCCUUUCGCAGAGUUCAGCUUCGAGGCCGCUCACUCAUCUCUCCUCAAGACCUUCACGCAUCCGUUACAACUAUUCACGGUGUCCUCUGCUGCUUCCUGCUGUCUCUAUCUUCGCUCUCCUUUCUUCCUGUUCUCUUACAUCCUGCUUGACCUCUUCUCCAACUCCGUUCAUUCCUCACUUUCCGAUACAAAUGUUCAUGAUAUAAAAUAAGUGAGUAAUGCUUUAACGAUCUAAUCGGACUACACCAUUACUUUCCAUUCACGAGUGGUAUUCUCGUCUUACUUCAUUACUUCGUCAUAUAAAAUCCCUAAAUUUUGUUAUCUUUCAUUCUCAAUUUAGUCCUCUUUUCUCCGGCUUUUACCUCGUCUUCCGUUUUUUUUACCUAAUCCUUCUUCCGCUCCCUUUCCCUCCUACUUCUCCUUCACCCCCCCCUCCCGGACAGGAUGCAGCACAACCAGGUGUUCGUGAUCCAGGUGUCUAGCGGCGCCAAGCCCCCUCUCGCCCUCCCGGCACCCCCGGACUCUCUCUUGCCCUCCGAGGUCAAGUACUCGGCUUCGCUGGUGCGUGGCCUUGGAUAUACCCACCUCGUCCUUGGGGCCAUCCUCUUCCUCCUGGGAGUCCUCGGAUCUUGGGUCGAGCCAGAGACAUGUUGGUCAGGAGCAGGCGUGUGGGCUGGACUGUCUACCACCUUCUGUGGGAUGUCUGGCCUGGUUGCCCACCGCCUAUGGUACAAGAACUUCACCAUCAAGACUUUCCUGGUGUCGUCAGUGGUGAGCGUCGUUAUCAACGUUCUGGCCAUCAUCCUCACCAUCUACGCCAUUGUUAACCGCAAGCAACACUAUUUUCACCUCCUAGACCAGGCAGAGAACAACCCAUGGUUUCAGCCAUAUGACCUAGACAAAGAACAUCGGUUGACACUAAGUGUGAGCGCCAACCAGCUGGUGGGGUUCACCCUGGAGCUGGUGCUGGCGCUCUGGUCCGCAAAAAUUGGGUGGCGCGGUGUUCACGCCCCAGAGUUCAGUGCUGCUAAUCGAGACUCCCACUCUGACGACUUACGCAGCGUGGCCUCCUUGCCUCGUCAUGGCCAGCAGGUGCCCCUUGCUGCCCUCUACCAACUGCUUCAGACUCACCCAGAACUGCUCGGAAACAAAUCACUCGGUGGUGGUCUUGGAACACCGUGGUCAACUGGGCUAGAUGAGCGCCCAUCCCACCUUUCUAUGGAUUACCAGGAGCGAGUCACACGUUUUCUCUCUCAUGCAAUCGAGGACCAGAACGUGUCCUUCAGCAGGUCGCCCUCAACACUUCGUAGGGAGACUAGGGAUGCUUCCUCUCCAACAGCUUCUUCCUCCAUCACUGGAAGUGGAGGCAGAGGCAGCCCAGCUGAAACUGUUGUCAUGCUUUCCGAUCCACCCUUUGGGAGUUCUGAACAAAAGCAAGAUAUUAUAUGCAUACAAGAAAAUCCUGAAACUGAAAGGAAGCAGAGAUCUAACAAGCUUCACAGGAAUAAUGCUGAGCACAAAGUUAAGGCACCAGCACCAAAGGUUAAUUCUAAAAUAAAAGAAAAUGACAAUUCAAUUGCAAGUAAAAAACCUCUGCAAACAGAGGUUGCUAAGGUUGUCAACACCACUGAUGGGGAAAGAAAAGUCAAUGCAGAAAAUGACAAAAAAUCUGAUAUAACCCCAAAGAAGGAGAACGAAGACCAAAAGAAAGUGCCGGUAACAGAAGUUAAAGAAGAGGACAUUGCUGCUGAUGCGAACAAAAUCAGUGACCAUGAUCAGGUAAAUAACACAGCCACUGAUCAAUGUAAGAAAAUAGAAAAUCACAAGGUAAAGGAGGAAGACAGAGUAAUUAGAUUAAGGGAACAAUUGGAAGAAAAAAAUUUUAAUUUAGAAUGCAUACCUUUAAAACAAGAAACUGAUAACAAACUCACCAAAGUUGUUGAUAUGACCAAGGAAAAUUGUGUUAAGACAGUGAAAACAAAACUCGAUCAAUCUGGUAAAAAGUUGGUUGACAUAAAACGUGAAUCUGAUGAUGAUGGCCAGAACCGGCUGGACCUUGUUGCGUGUAUUCAGCCUCCGUGCGAAUUCCAGGAUACAACGGUUGCAAAAUAAUAUAAUCAUUGAAAGUAAAUACACCAUGUACAUAUGGCUCAAUGAGUUCCUUUACCCCUUGUGGUGACUUCAGUUCACAUGUGGCACCGUUACAAUACUAGAGUAAACUUAUGAAUGAAUGUGUAGUAGUUGUAUAAGGAUGAAGAUACAGUAAUUGGUGGCAAAGGUUCCUAGAUGAAUUUUCGCUUGCCAAUUAUGACAGUGCUUCCCUUUUCCUGUGUGGUUAUAUAUAUAUAUAUAUAUAUAUAUAUAUAUAUAUAUAUAUAUAUAUAUAUAUAUAUAUAUAUAUAUUAUAAGAAAAAAUACCUAUAUGGGUGAUAUGGCUUUAAAACGUAUACGAUAAAAUUUUUUGUAAUUCUUGAUUAUUAUUCACCAGACAGCUUCUUCACACAUGUCCUUGGUAAAUCAGACAAUGUACAGGGUAUCAAAACCCUCAGGAAUCAUAUGUGGGGGUUCAUUCAAGCAUGAUAUGUACUGUAUUACAAAAAUGCAAAGCAAUGCAACAGUGAAAGGAAUAAUGUAUUAUGGAAAUAUGGAUACGUAUAAGGAUAUAUGGGGGAGGCUUAGCAUAGGCAUGUGUUCAAUUGGGUCUUCAUCCCAUAUUGCUAGCCCCCCUGCCCCCACCCCACCCACCCAUUUAACUUCAUUAAAUGGCUUAUCUAUUGGGGAUCUCAUAGCUGAUAGGUUUCCUUGGAAUAAAAUCACCUGCUCCCCCAGAUGUGAAGUGUUUGUGUUUAAUUUUUACUGUACUGUGAAUGUUUAUGAUUUUCCUAUCCGUGUAAAACUGGUGAUUGUUAUAAAUAACAAACAGGUCUACAUAAAUCGUGUCAUGUUAUUUGUAACCCACUAUAUAAGCAUCUUAUGUGCCUAUUUUUUUUUUUUCGUUAUACAUUGUACGAUAUAUGAAAUACAGAUAAACCUUAAAGGAA